UCUUCUUGGACUCAAGAAUGAACUGACUAGAAUUUGGUGGUCAAAGGUCAAGGUCACUGUGACCUUGUGUCCUUCUCAUUUUUGUGAAAGUGAUAUCCUGCUAACAAGUUACGACAUUGAGUAAUGGCCAGAAAAGUGCUUUUGCAGAACAUUAUAUCACAGUGAAACCUACCAUUGACCUUUCGGAUAUGAAAUGUCAUCACUUUAUCAUUAUAUCCUAGUAGACAUUUGUGUAAAAUUUUGGCAUAAUGAGCAUAUGAAUUUGUAAGUUAUGGCAAGAAUCAUGUUUUGUGAGGUGACAGUGACCUUUGACCAUCAAAUUCCAUUCAGUUCAUUCUUAAGUCCAAAUGGACGUAUGUGCCAAAUUUGAGGAAACUCCCUCAAAACCUUCUUAAGAUAUUGCAUUCACAAUAAUGAGACAGAUGCAAGACAACAUGAUGUCAGACAUAGCUGGCCUCAAGCCACACGACCAUAAUAUGCAACCCAUCUAUAAGUGCCCCAUUGGCUGAUAUGUGGGUAGCUGUACAGUAUAUGAUUGUUUGUCUUUUAUAUUUCCAGAUUGCUUGUCAGGCCACAAGCUGACACAUGGUGUUCUGCAUACUCCCAAGUGUUGCUGGAGUUUUACCUCUUCAGAAUUUUCCCUUCAUCCAUGCAUGUUGGAAGUAGAGGAAGUGGUCACAGUGCUAUGCAGCAGCCGUAAAGGACGACUACCAUGAAAGCCAGAGCUUAUGGUGCCAUCUUCCUGUUUCUGGCUAUGACUGUCCUUAUCUAUGUGCUAUACAACAUGGAAAUUCUGGAGAUUCCACAAGGAGGUGGUUGGGGACAACUCAGACAUACAAUGUGCGGGACCUUGACACCAGAUCCUUCGGCUCGCAUCCAGACUCCUGUCUUCCAUUCAGGCAACAAAAGCUCUUUGGUUAAGCAGUUUCACCAAAAAGUGAACACCACUGUCAUCAUCCCGAGAGUUUCCACUGACCUCAACAAGAGUCACGGCUUCUGCACCUUCCAGCCACUCUCCACUGAGGAUGCUGUGGAGGAACGCCUCCUACUAGACUCCAUUGCUUGGCCUGAAACUCCACCUUUGCCAGCUCCUGUUUCCCUGGAGAAUACCAGUGAUCCAGCUCACAGCACCUUCACCAUUCUCCCAAGGAAGGGAGGAGGACAGUGGCAAGUAGGGGAUCAGCUGGAGGUUAUGAUAAAAAUUUCUGACCUCCAGGGUUUUCCCAAGAAGUCUGGGGGGGACUUCUUACUCGCCCGGCUGCACAGCCUGAAGCUUGGUGCAGGUGUAGCUGGGCAAGUGGUGGAUCAUCUCAAUGGGAGCUACUCUGCUGUAUUCUCUUUACUCUGGGAAGGAGACGCGCAGGUUGAGGUAACGCUGGUUCACUCUAGUGAGGCUAUCACAGUGCUGCGCAGGCUGACCAGAGAACAUCCUGACAGGAUUAACUUCAAGAGCCUCUUCCGCUCAGGCUCACUCUCUGAAAGUAGCAUCUGUAAUGUCUGCCUACGUCCAACCCAGCAGCCACUGUGCAACUACACUGACCUCCGUACAGGCGAGCCUUGGUUCUGCUACAAGCCAAAGCAGUUGAGCUGCAAUGCCAGGAUCGACCAUGCCAUGGGAGAACACAAACAACACUUGAAGGAAAAAGAGGAGAAGCUCUUUCAAAGUGGUGUCAACACGAAAGUCUUCAUUCGGGCCUCAGGGCCUGCCAGUGUCACUGUGUUGCCAAAAAAGGAAGGUCAGCCAGAGGUGAAGAGCAGCAAUGUGACAUCUGGACCCUCCGGCUAUUACUAUCAAGAUGAAUGGCGAGCACUAGGAAGCACCACAGUUCACCAAUUCAACACCUCUGCCAUCAGUCAGUGUCUGAAAGGCAAAGUGGUCCACAUGUUUGGAGACUCCACUGUCAGGCAGUUUUUUGAAUACCUCACCAAAACUCUACCAGAUCUUAAGGACUUUGACCUGCACAGCCCACAGAAAGCGGGACCUUACAUGGCCUUGGACUAUGCAAACAACAUCAUCGUAAAAUACCGCUUCCACGGUCCUCCUAUCCGUAUUGUCACUGUCCCCAACAGGGAGCUUCGUUACAUUGCCAAUGAACUAGAUGACAUAACUGGAGGCACCAAUACUGUUGUAGUUUUUGGCAUCUGGGCUCACUUUGGCACUUUCCCCAUGGAGGUGUACAUCCGGCGGCUGCAGAAUAUCCGCAGGGCGGUGGUGCGACUGCUGGACAGGGCUCCAGGCACAGUGGUCAUCAUCCGGACAGCAAAUCCCAAAGAUUUGCCACUUCUUGUGUCACUAUCAAACAGCGACUGGCACUCGCUGCAGUGUAACAAGGUGCUCAGACUCAUGUUCAAAGGACUGAAUGUUCAUCUGAUUGACGCCUGGGAGAUGGUCUUGGCCCACCACCUGCCACAUGACCUCCACCCGCCACCUCAUGUUAUUAAGAAUAUGAUUAAUGUUAUCUUGUCCUAUAUAUGCCCUCAGAAGGGCGGUUAGUUGUGUAUUUGUUGUGGUAGAAGAGUGGGGAUUAAAGCUUAUACUGAGUUGCCAUGUUACCUCAUGUGUUUCUACCUAGUGCUACAUUUUUAAAUUCUGCAUAGGGACAGACUAGACUAAGUACAAUCUUUCAAACCGAUUUUUAAUCAGGGAAAGCUGAAUGAGUACAAAAGAAACAGAAAUGGAUGGAAAGCAACUCAAAGUCAUGGUAGGGUGGGUAUUAUAAAUGACCACUGCUGAAUGAUCACACGUGACACAUACCACGCCAUGUCCCUUGUCUUGGGAUUGUGAGCAGCGUUCCAGGAGAUGCAGAAAAUCAUAACCGUAGUCUAAUCAGAUUAACAAAAGGUAAUAUUGCCAUGAAACUUUAAUACAGAAGCCCUGUCCAUAAGAGGAUUGUAUAUGAAAAAUACUACGGGGUUCUAUUUACAACAACCUUGGAUUUGAAGCAGCCACUAACUGUGCUCUGCUGGUUUGACUCAAAGAUUUGAUGUAGUUACUGUUGUUCACCAUAGUUUUCUUUUGCUUACACAGGAAAUUAAAUUCCAGAUCGAACGUAUCUCAUUUCAUCUUUACACAAUCAAUUUCUGGCCUAACUUCAAAAAGAAACUGUUAACACUUUAAACUCGAGUUAAUUAAAUGGAACUUAAACCCUUUA